CAAAAACAUCAGCUGUCUCCCGUUUCCAGAGAGUUCGCCGACCAGUUUUGCUUUCAAAUUGAAGAGAAAACUACAGUUUAACUUCACCAGGCACAAUCGUCAGAAUGAGAUGCAGGAAAAUAUUAACCCAGAAUGGUUUAAUUUUACCGUCCAGUUGGAGAAACAUUUCACAAAUGAUAAUCGUGUAUGCCCAAAAGGUUUUGUGCGGAUCUGCGAAUUCGGUUUUUGUGGAAUAAUUCGACCAAGGGCUAUGAUGUAGCAGCGGUCACAGUAAGUCCAAUCAUACGGCUUCUUCCCACCCCGAGAUCAGAUGAGCGCUGGGGAAUGUUUUCAACCACCUGGAGGAGGAAGUUCAGCGCGGAAGAAAUGUUACCAGACUUCGCCGAUCUGGUAUCCGGACUUUUUUUUGAUGAUCUCAUAGAGAUUGGGUGUGCAGAUGGGCGGUUAAAGUUCUGGGAGGGAACGACUGGUAACUUUAAGGAUAUAUAUGAAGCUGAAAACACCCACAACAAUGGGGUAACUAACAUAAACCUCGCCGGUGACAAAGUGAUAGUCGCACGAUUGAGUGAACGAAACGAUUUUCUGAGACUGGAAACGUACACGUAAGGUUGUCAGAUCGA